AUGGAUACAACACAAGACUAUACCGAUAUAACACUAGCCGACUUCCGACAUCUAAUGGACUACUUAAUAAGCUACCGAAACACGCAUAUUAGGGAAAGCGUCCCGGGUCUGCUACCCCGCGCCCCGACAACCGUCCGCGGCGUGAAGAUUUGCUGUCACGGCGAAGUAAAGGUUCAUGAAGAGCCCUUCGUUUCUGUCGACGUCACUCGAGCAAACCAGAUCUCCCUGGGCAGCGGAUCCGUCUCACCGAUAUCUGUCUGCCUCGGUAUGCCUAUACGGCUCUGGAAAGACCCGGACACCGAUUUCCGCCAUGACCCUCCAGAAUGGGAGAGGGGCAUGAUGGCAGACAGUAAUCCUAAUGUUGCGUUCUUGAUGAUGGAAACUGAUUCUUCUCAAGACGAAUGGGGCUGGGCGCCUAUGUACUGGAAUAGCGAGAUAGGGAAUGUCUGGGCUGUUCGUGAAGACGGGCACGAUCUGGCUGUGCGUGAUAUCGCAAUGAUGUGCCAUUUUGCGAGGCGCAAAUUACAGCGUAUGUUUGAAGACGUCAUGGAGUCGGACUCGAGCCUAGUGAGUAGGCAGAGGGUCUUGGAUUUUAUUACUUGGGAUAAUAUGGUUAAUCAUUGGGAUGAGACUGGUGGGUAUUAG